AUGGUCAGUGUGGGCGACCAAGGCAGGCUGGAGCUGCCUCUCUCUCUGGCCGAGUUCUUGGAAGCCCUCCACCACAUGCCCACCAACAAAUCUCCAGGCAUGGAUGGGCUGACCGUGGAGUUCUACCGCUUGUUCUGGGAUGUCAUAGAAUAUCAGGCGAAGGCCAUCUUGUUGCGGCUGGGGUCCAUGCUGGAGGAUAUGAUCCACCCAGACCAGACCUACACCUUCCCGGGCUGUACCAUCUUUGAUAACCUGUAUCUGGGCCCGGGUGACUUGGCGCGGGUGGAAGCUUGCCAGACCGUGUACUCGGCGGCCUCCUCUGCACGGAUCAACUGGGUCAAGAGCACUGGCUUGGUGGUCGGGGACGGGUGGCAGGGUGACUGCAAAGCCCAGCAGAGCAGUGUGGCCGCAGAGGCAGGUAGCAGGGGCUGUGACCGUGGCACUUACCUGGCAGCAGACAGCAACAGUGGCCUCACUGAGCCGAAGAAGCUGCCGAACCCGGUCCGAGAGUCCAAGACCCACCAGGAGCUCCAUCGGGAGCUGCUGUUCAGCCACAGCAGGGGGCUGUUGCCAGAACACAAACCAGAGCUCCAGAAGGUUCUGGAGAACAGGAGAUUCAAGCAGCUGAAGCAGCAGCAGGAGUCACAGAGGCCCCGAACGGAUCUGGAAGAGGAGCUGAGGAAACGACACCGGAUGCUGGAGCAGUCUGAGCGAGAGUUGGCCUUGAAGGGGGAGCAGGAGCGCAGGCCUGAGUUCAUCCUCGUCAAGGAGAGCCUGAAGAAGAUCAAGCUAUCUGGAGAAACAGGCAUGAGGCAGACCUGAGGGGCAGGUGGCAACGUCAUUUCCUGGGGACUCUUGUAGAAGCAGGGGCUGAGGCAUUCAGCAUGAGGCCAGCACAUCU